AUGCGUCCUGCUGCGGCCAUCACCCUCCUCGCCCUUGCGGUAACACCCAUCUCCGCCACGGACAUCUCGCCUCGCGCAGGCGGAUGCCCCGGUGUUUGGCAAGCCAUAGCCGGCGACCUCAAGAAUAUCUUCCAGGGUUGCAACAAAGCCGCUCGCUCCGCCGUCCGCGCAGUAUUCCAUGACUGUAUGCCCGACGGCUGCAACGGCAGCUUGAUCCUAUCCGAGGAAGAAUGCUCACGGGUCGAGAACCUCGGACUGAAAGAUCUCUGCAAGACGCUCAAUCAGAAGCGACGCCAGUACGGUGUUGGUGCUGCGGACAUGGUCCAAUUUGCUGGUGCAAUGGCUCUUUCAGCUUGCCCGCUUGGUCCAAAGGUUGACGCGCUGGUGGGUAGGAGAGACAGCUACAAACCUGCACCGCCAAACGGUCUGCCGAGAAGCAGUGACCCGGUCGCGAAGAUACUGGGCAUGUUUGCGGCUAAGGGGUUCUACGAGAUCGAUGUGGUUGCGCUACUGGGAACACACAGCAUAGCACUCCAGUUCCAAGAUGAUCCCUCGAAAGCUGGUAGAUCACUCGACUCGUCACCAGCUGUUUGCGACAUUAGGUAUUUCGCAGAGACAAUGGCCGGUACUGCGCCUUAUAGUCUUGCCAGCGAUAGGCUCAUGGCCACCACAGGCACGACUCGUAAAUCAUAUGCCGUCUUCGCAAAAUCGACAAAGAAAUGGGCCGAUGCUUUUGUACCUGCAUGGAACCGGCUCGCGGUCAUUGGAAACGACGUGCAUACUCUCCAGGACUGCUCUUAUCUUAUCCCGAAGUCUGAGGUUCCCCGUGCCAGAGGGGUGGCUCAUGCACAGAUGAUGGAAAAGUUGGCCAAGAAGUUCAUAGGAGAGGAGCACUAA